UAUGUUUAUUUUUGUGAUUUACUGAUUUAUCUGUGGUGUUUUUUUUUUUUUUUUUUGGUCAAGUAGUGAACUAAAGAGAGAAGAAUGUUUGAAGAAAAAGAGAGAUUUUGCAUGGAAAUAUGUGGCUGAUAAUCAACUUGGAUAAUCUCAUAGAAAUUAUGUGCUAUGCAAAUUUUGUGGUCAAAGAUGUACGGGAGGCGUGACUCGCCUAAAGCAUCAUUUGGUCGGAACCCACAAUGGGAUAAAGCCGUGCCCAAAAGUGAUGGAAGAAGCCAAGGAGGAGUGUAGAAAGGCUUUAAAGGAAUAUCAUGAUGGAAAAAAUAAAAGAAAUGAGGUGUUUCGAGAUAUUGGGAGAGGGGGAUCGACAUAUCUUUCUGGUUCUGGCUCUGCAAGUGAUAGCACUAGUGUGGGUAAUGAUGUUUUCAUUGGCAGCCAACUUGGUAGUGGAUCUUCUGGUAAUCAACCAAUGGCAAGAGCAAGGGGUCCUAUGGAUCAAUUUGUUAGCAGUGAGCAACGUCAAUCCACAUUGAAUUCAAGGUGGAAGAAGGAAAAAAGAAAAGAAGUAUGCAGGGUGAUUGGAAGAUUUUUUUUUGGGAAUGCUUUGUCAUUCAACCUGUGUAAUAGCCCAUACUUUUCAACAUUGUUUGAGGCUUGGCAAGUUUGGACCGGGAUUGAAGCCAUCAUCCAUGCAUGAGAUGAGAACAUGGAUACUAAAAGAGGAGGUUGCUAAUACUGAUAGUUUAAUGAAAGCAUACAAAGCUUCCUGGAAAACUUAUGGAUGUUCAAUUAUGUCUGAUGGUUGGACGGAUGGAAAGAAUAGAAGCAUUAUUAAUUUUUUGAUUAAUUCUCCGAUCGGAACAAUGUUUUACAAGUCUAUUGAUGCUUCAGAUUCAAUAAAAGAUGGGAAUUUGUUAUUCAAAUAUCUUGAUGAAAUUGUGGAAGAAAUUGGGGAAGAAAAUGUGGUCCAGGUUAUCACGGAUAACCAUUCAAGCUAUGUGAGUGCUGGGAAGAAGUUGAUGGAUAAGAGGAAAAGGAUAUAUUGGACUCCGUGUGCUGCACAUUGCAUAGAUCUGAUGUUGGAGGAUAUUGGAAAAAUGAAAAUAUAUUUUGAAACGCUUGAAAAGGUAAGGACAGUGACGAAGUUUAUUUAUGGGCAUGGAAUUGUAUUGAGCAUGAUGAGAAGCUUCACGAAUAACCAUGAGCUUCUACGGCCGGUAGUAACACGCUUUGCAACAUCAUACCUCACCGUUCGAAGUGUUUACAAGCAAAAGAAUGGUCUUAUAGCCAUGUCUGCAUCGGAACAAUGGUGCUCAUGUUCUUGGGCAAAAAAACCUAAAGGAAUAAAGGUACGGGCUAUUAUAGUGUUUGAUCCGAAGUUUUGGCCUCAUGUUGCCUUAUGUGUUAAGAGCACCAUGCCAUUGGUAAGCAUUUUAAGAGAAGUAGAUUCGGAAGAGAGGCCAGCAAUGGGGUUCAUUUAUGAAUUGAUGGACUUAGCGAAGGAGAAAAUUGCAUUUAAUUGCAAUGAUGUAAAAAAGAGAUAUGUUCCAAUUUGGAACAAAAUAGAUGAAAGAUGGACUCCUCAGCUUCAUCGUCCUCUACAUGCAGCCGGGUACUAUCUGAAUCCUCAAAUACGGUACUCAGAUAAGUUCUCUACACACCUUGAGAUAAAAAGGGGGUUGUUUGAAUGCAUGGAUAGGAUGAUCCCCCGUGAAGAGCAUGCUGAUGCUGAUAUUCAGUUGGAUGAAUAUGACAAGAGAAGAGGAGAUUUUGGCUCUCUCCUUGCACUCGAAACCAUGAGAAAGCGUUCCCCAGGUAAUUUAUAAUUUUAUAUUUUGAUAUUUUCAUUGUUAUGUAAAUUAUAUUUUUAUAAUUGGUGAAAGUAUUUAAUUAAUUUAUAAAUUAUAACUAAUUUAUGUAGCUGAUUGGUGGGAACGCUUUGGAGAUAGAACUCCACAACUUACGAAGUUUGUAGUACGAGUUUUAAGCCUCACAUGCAGUGCUUCUGGCUGUGAGAGAAAUUGGAGUACUUUUGAGCAGGUGACUUUUGUACCAUUCAAUAUUCUAAAUUGGCUAAUUUUUAUUUAGUAGAUUAGCAAGUCUUUGAUAAUUGACUGACAUAGAUCAUCACAUGAUCAGAUCCACACAAAGAAGAGAAAUCGGCUAGAGCAACAAAAACUCAACUCUCUAGUAUAUGUGAUGUAUAAUAUGAAAUUGAGAGAAAGAAGCAUGAAGAGAAGGGCGGCAAUGGAUUCAAUAUUGGUGGACCACAUUGAAUCAGAUGAUGAAUGGAUUGCUGAGAAAGAAGGCCCUGUUCUCCCAACUGAUCCAUCGUGGCUCGAAGAUCAAAAUAUGGCCUUUGAUAUUAGUGUCAUUACAACUAUUCCGGAGUCUGAUGAUCCAGUUGACAACAAUGCACCAUCAACAUCUAAUAUUUCUGAAGGAGAUUGCCCCCCACCUUCCUCAAGGAAAAGGAAGGCAACUACUUUAAGUGGUCCCAUGGGAAGAUUUCUUACUCCUAUAAGAGAGGAAGGAGAUAUAGGAACGAGUGUUCAUGGUGUGGAUGAUGUACAUGCAGAUAUAGAUGCUGAUGCUAAUGAUGAAAGGCCUAGACAUGGUGACGAAGUGAAU